AUGUUUACAUUUUAUUCAACAGAAACUGUUUCAUCUCUUGAAAAUAGUCCAGAAGAAAAUCUUACCCUGGGUUUACCUGAAUGUGAUGAUCUAGUUUUAGAAAAAACUUGUGAUGAGCCUGAUGAGCCAUCUAGCAAUCCCUGGUCUCGAGUCAAAUGUGUUUUCUGUCAACAAAUAUUAUCACCCUUGUAUGAACCAAAACUAUUAGAAUGCCUUCAUGCUGCCUGCGGAGUGUGUGUGAAUAGUAAACUUCAAGAUCAAGAGCAAACUGAUGGAGAUGUUAUUGCCGAAAGUAGCGUUGAAUGCCCCACGUGUAAUGUUAUAUGCAGCUCCGAAAAUGUCAUAGACAAUCAAUUUUUGUUAGAAACUGAUACAGAUAUUGAAUCUGGAGCUGGAGAAUCAUCAAUAAAAAAUCAGGAUAUUAAAUGUUCUAGUUGCAAUGAUGAUGCUAUUGCCACUAGUUGGUGUGUAGAAUGUGCGGAAUUUAUUUGUGAUUCUUGCGUUCAGGCACAUCAAAGAUUGAAAAUAACCAAAGAUCACACAAUUAAGCCAAAAGAGGAAGCAGAGUCUGAAGCCCAAACUUCAACGAUUAGUGGUAGUAAAAUAAUUUACUGUUCAGUUCAUCCUCAGGAACAAUUGAGCUUGUUUUGUGAAAUAUGUGACAAAUUAACAUGUAGGGAUUGCCAGCUUAGUGAUCACAGAGAUCAUAGGUACAAAUUUAUCCAUGAAAUUGCUUCAGAAACUCGAUCUAUAAUAUCAGGAUUACUAAGUGAAGUAUCUUACAAGAGAGUUUUAUUAAAGUCUGCUAUGAAAGUUAUAGAUGAUCGCAAAAAUUUAAUAGCUGACAAAAAAAAAAUUCUUGUCAAAGAAAUAACCCAAAUGGUUGUUCGUCUGACAAACACAAUUAACGCUCGAGGAAAACAGUUGGUUUUGGGACUAAAUGAAGUUUGUGAUGUUAAGCAAAAGACACUUUGUGAAAAAAAAGAAGCUUUGGAACAAUUAUCUCUUUUAACUGAUCAUUGUAUUGAUUUUGUCAACAACGCUUUAAAUAAAGGAAGUGAUAAGGCUCUUCUUUAUAGCAAAAAAUCUGUUACUGCUCAUCUUCAAAGAAUUAAAAGCCGUAGGGCUGAUAUUCCAAAUCCUGAAAUUCCUGUUCGAAUUUCAUUGAUUUUUGAAAAAGUUCCUGAAUUAAUUAGAGUUGUGUCGUCAAUUGGUGCAAUUGUUGUGGAUGGUAAAAUAUAUCCUGCCCGAACACCUGAUCAAAGAAUUCAUCCGGUACAGCCACAAAGUCAAACCGAACAAGAGCAAUCAAUACAAUCUCGUCCGCAACAAAUGCAUAGUCCGGGAUCUGGAAAAUCUGUCAUGAAAUCGGAUUUGAGUUCUCGGCCACAGGUAUCAACAUCCUUCGUUUCGACCCCGUCUGAAUCUUUAAGUCAGGUGCGAUCUACCACUGCAUCAGUAACAGUGAAUUCCCCUUUAACCAGGAUUAAUAGAGUCUCUCCAAUAGGUGCUAUCACACAUCAGGUUGUUAGGAAUAUAAGUAUGUUGAGAAAUAACCAACAAGGACAAUGUUUUAAUGUACAACAAUCAAAUUAUAAUUCUCACCAGCAAAUGUUGAUUAAUCCUCAACAUCAACAGCCUCAAAUAUCUAUUAGCCCCCAUACAAUGCAUGGACCUCCUCCCCCAACUCUUCACUCCGGUUCUCAGCCUUCUAUUUCCUUGAAUAGUCCAAAUUCUAUUUCAAAACCAGGAAUACCGCCUCAUCUUACAGUGGGUAUACGUCAUCACAAUCCAACGCAGCAGUACACUCAGGUGACUUCUAGUACUCAUCCAAGCUCGGAUCCUAAUAUUAAAAAUCUUCUUCAGCAGGCAUCCAACAUUCAGCCUAUUUAUGGUUCGGGCGGGCAAGUUUACAGAGUGAACGUAAAUUCUAACGUAGGUCAAUAUAAAAAUCAGCAAAACUAUACUCAAAAUCAAGUGGUACAUACUCUCAAUCGAAUUCAUCAAAACAAUAUAUUUAAUGUGCAACCGCAAAACUUGAUGCAACAAAUUAGGCAUACAAUAAGAACUCAGCAGACAAUUCCACCAGCUCCUUACACUCAAUCUCAGCAGAUAGCUGGACCUCAGUGGCACAUUCCUCAACAACAAGGUUCGUUUAAUUCAUCCAGACCGACGCCUCCAUCUAUUCCAAUUGACGAAUCUUUUAAAAUUCACCUUAAAACUCAAAAUAGUUGUCUUGGUGGAAAUAAUGGAGAAAUGAGAAUGACAACAUCUAAUUCUGCAGUUACAUCUUCAGCUUCUAAAACUCCUAGUCCAGGAACGUCAAAAGAAGAUCCGAGUACAAGAAUGGAUAAAUUUUGCCAGGAUUCGGUUAAUGAUUUGAUGACAACAAUUGCGAAACUGGAUAGCAACGGAAUCGAAGUAAUACCAGAAACAAUUAAACAAGCCGCCGAUUCAUUAGUAGAUAGUUCAACUUCUGGAUUUUGUAAUAAUAUCCAACAAAUGGUGAAAUCUUCUGACAUGGUAAAAGAAGAUUCAAACGAAGAUUGGUGUGCUGUUUGCAUGGAUGGUGGUGAAUUGAUAUGUUGCGAUAAUUGUCCAAAAGUUUUUCAUGUGAAUUGUCACAUUCCUGCUCUUAAAGCAAUGCCCGGGGAAACUGAAACUUGGCAGUGUUUACUUUGCACAGACGUUGCUAAUUUAGUUCCUCCAGAACAAGAAAUGUCAAAAAAACGUGGGUUAACUUAUAAUGAAAGAAAAUUAGCUGAAAGAUUAGUUUUAGAAUUAUAUUGCCAAUAUGAAUCUAGCCUUCAUUUUAGAGAAUUAGUGAAAGACGAUAAUUUUGAUUAUCAUGAGAAAAUAAAAAAUCCAAUUGCUUUGGAAGUUGUAAAAAGAAAAUUAGACCCAGAUGAUGUUGAACAUUAUUCAAAUUUAUCCGAAAUUAUUUUGGAUAUUAGGAGAAUAUUUAAGAAUGCCAAAAAUUACAAUGUUAAGGAAUCUCAAGUUUAUCAGGACGCUAAAAUUAUGGAAGAAUUUUUUGAACGAUUAUUAACAAGAUGGCUUCCAGAUUAUGCUUUUGAUCAAUAUUUUUCCGACGAUGAUCAACCGCCUGUUAAAAAAUAUAAAAAAAUUAAAACUGGAGAGGAUGAAUGA